GCUGUUUCUCACAGAGGCGCGAGCGCGAGCGCGUCGCUAUAAAGCGCGUGGGGUUGACGCUCGCUCACUCAGUGCGGGACAGACGCGCAGCGGAGCUUUAACGAUGCUGGCUGUGAUCCGGCUGAUCUUCAUCCUCCGGACCGUCAUCUUCAUCAUCAGCGCGGAGAAAGUCUUCCACAGCAGAGAUCACUCCGAUGCGAUGAACGACAUCCGACAGGCGGAACUCAUCACCGACACCGACACUGCACAGGUAGCGGUUCAUGAGAUCGGUCACGUUUUAGGGCUUCCUCACAUCUACCGGUCCGAAUCCAUCAUGCAGCCCAGUUACCUUCCUCAGGACGCCGGCUUUGAGAUCGACUGGAUGGACCGGAAGUCCAUUCAGAGUCUGUAUGGUGUGUGUAAGGGCCGCUUCAGCACCGUGUUUGAUUGGAUCAGGAAGGAGCAGACGCCGUACGGCGAGGUCGUGGUGCGUUUCAACACCUACUUCAUGCGUGACGACUGGUACUGGCUCUAUGAGAACCGUAAUAACCGGACGCGCUACGGGGACCCGGUGGCGGUGCAGGUAGCGGUUCAUGAGAUCGGUCACGUUUUAGGGCUUCCUCACAUCUACCGGUCCGAAUCCAUCAUGCAGCCCAGUUACCUUCCUCAGGACGCCGGCUUUGAGAUCGACUGGAUGGACCGGAAGUCCAUUCAGAGUCUGUAUGGUGUGUGUAAGGGCCGCUUCAGCACCGUGUUUGAUUGGAUCAGGAAGGAGCAGACGCCGUACGGCGAGGUCGUGGUGCGUUUCAACACCUACUUCAUGCGUGACGACUGGUACUGGCUCUAUGAGAACCGUAAUAACCGGACGCGCUACGGGGACCCGGUGGCGGUGCAGGUGGGCUGGCACGGGCUGCCCUCCAGCGGCGUGGACGCUUACGUUCACGUGUGGAACCGCAAAACAGACGCUGUCUACUUCUUUAAAGGUGUGCAGUACUGGCGUUAUGACAGUGAGAACGAUCAGGUGUUCACUGAAGACUCAGACGGCCGCUCGUAUCCUCGUCUGAUCUCUGAAGGCUUUCCCGGCGUGUCUGGACCAGUGGACACUGCAUACUACGACCGGAGGGAUGCUCACAUCUACUUCUUCAAGGGCUCACAGGUGUUCAGGUUUGAUGUGCGCGCGAACCGCUUGGCUUCUUCUUCCCCACAAAAAAUCACAGAGGUGUUUCCCGCCGUUGUCCCUGGUAACCAUCCCCUCGGUAACCUGGAUGCUGCGUAUUUCUCAUACUCGCACAACACGGUGUUCCUGCUGAAGGGCUCGUGGUUCUGGCGGAUGGUGAGCGGCAGAGAUCGCAGACGGAGCGUCUCGCUGCCACCAAACAGCCUGAUGCCCCGCAGAGAUGUGGAGCAGCAGUGGUUCGACAUCUGUGACGUUCACCAGAGCUCUCUGAGAACCGUGCGCAGAUGAUGAGGUCAGCUGAGGUCUGAUCUCAUAUCAGCCUCAUACUGUAUGAUUUUAUACCAGCAGGAACUGAACGAACGCUGAGAGCAUGAGGACGUUCAUCUGAAUCUGGGAUUCCCAGAUGAGCUCAAAUAUAUAAUUAAAGUCUCCUGAGGUUUAAGUUAAAGAAAUAGUU